CUUGCUUUCUUCGUUUGCCUUCUUCUUCCACCCCGUGCAAUUUGCAGAACCCUCGUUCUCCCCUUCACAAAUUGCAAGAAUUCUCUCUCGAAGAGCUUUCUCUGCUCAAUCAUGGCUUGAUUCUCCAGUUUUCUGGGGUGGUGGUCUUGGAAUAGAAAUGUAUAAUCCCUCCGAUCAUGGAAAUGCAGGAACUUACAUGAUUCAUGGAGCUGAACCUAACUUGCAUUUGACGACUCCACUUCUAGAGCAAGUUGAAACCAUGCAUCAGGAAGGAGCCCCUGAGUUUAUAGUAGAUCAGGGAUUGUAUUAUCCUACUGCCACCAAUUACGGAUAUUAUUGUACAGGUUUUGAAACACCCAUUGAAUGGGAGGACCACCCUACUAUUUUUAGCACAGAUGGUCCAGAUGUCCAAUAUGCGAGUGCCCAAUCUGAAAGGAUGCCUUAUGUAUAUUACACACCUAGCUAUGGAUAUGCACAGUCUUCAUACAACCCAUACAAUCCAUAUAUACCUGGUGCUGUGAUGACUGAUGGCCCAUUUGUAGGGGCACAACAGUAUUACACCAUUCCUUCUUACCAAAACCCUGUUACUUCACCUGCUAUCGUUCCUGUUAUGAUUCAACCAGACAUGAUCCCAAAUGGUUCUCCCAACACAUUAGAUUUUCACACAUCAGUUGCUAACAGGCCUGAUGGUAAAGGUUUGAAACAAAACCCUGCUUCUGCCCUCCCUAGAAACUCUCUUAAAUCUGCUUCAGAUCGAACAAAUUCCUUGAUCAGGGGAGAUGGACCAAGUAGACAAUCUGCCGUUCGUGGAAGUGUUUCUACUGGUUAUUCUCCAGCUUCAACAUAUGGUCAUCAGGGUAGAAGUCCUGCUGGUUCAAUUCAAACUUCCAAUGUAAUUUCUGGUGGGGAACUUCUAUCUCAUUCUAACAAAUUGAAGCCAGAACUUCCUGCCAGUACUAGUAUAUCAAAUUUUGGAUUUAAUACCAGAGGGGUUGUGCUUGAUAAGCUUCAACCAAGAAUCAAUGCUGGGAAAGCUCUGAAUGACGCAAACAGCAUGCCAGAUAUUUUGAGUGAACAGAAUCGAGGCCCUAGAACCAAUAGAUUAAAAAAUCAACUUUCUGUUAAAGCUUAUACCACCAAAGCAGGAGGUAGUGAUACUGAAGGAAACAUCAUUAUCUGCACUGACCAAUUCAAUAGAGAUGAUUUCCCAGUAGACUAUGUGAAAGCAAAGUUUUUUGUGAUAAAAUCAUAUAGUGAGGAUGAUGUGCACAAAAGCAUCAAAUACAACGUCUGGUCUUCUACUUCCCAUGGAAACAAGAAACUUGAGGCUGCUUAUGAAGAUGUGCAGAAAAUAGCCUCUGGAAAACCUGCCAGUUGCCCCAUCUUCCUUCUCUUUUCUGUUAAUGCAAGUGGGCAAUUCUGUGGUGUUGCUGAGAUGAUUGGUCCAGUGGACUUCCAGAAGGAUAUGAAUUUUUGGCAGCAAGAUAAGUGGAGUGGGAGCUUCCCUGUCAAGUGGCACAUGAUAAAAGAUGUUCCUAACAGUCAUUUUAGGCACAUCAUAUUAGAGAACAAUGAGGAUAGACCAGUGACUAACAGCAGGGAUACUCAGGAGGUACUGUAUAAACAAGGACUGGAGAUGCUCAAAAUAUUUAAGAACCACCCAUUUAAGACCUCUUUACUUGAUGACUUCGCAUACUAUGAAAAUCGGCAGAAAAUCUUGCAGGAAGAGAAAGCAAGGCUGCUCAUUAAAAGCUUGAAGAGUCCAAUCCAGGUGCCUCAAAUGGAUACCGCUAACAAGAAACAUUUAGUUGGCCUGCCUUCACAAGAUCAGAAACUUGUUGAACCUGGUGAUUCUGUCUUGUUAAAGAUAAUGGCUACCUCGUCGGCUGAUAUGGUUUCUACAGUUUGCAAGACAGCUGAUACAACUGUGAUGAACAAAACAGCAGAACAAAUUGCAGUUGACGCCAAAGAUGAUGUUGUGUCUGCAUUAAAUAUUGGUUCACUCACUAUAAACUCAAAGGGAGAAGAAUCUAAACCCUCUGCUAAUGCUGCAGUAGUGGCUGCCAAUGCUCUACCUCUUGAAAUUGUCACUGUAGGGUCGGUGCCUAUAAAAGUAAAUGGAUUUGCUGAAUCUUCCAGUUUCCUAAGAGUUGGUACUAUUCCUCUUGAUCCUGGCGCAUUAAAGCUUGAUGAAGGAGAUGGUUCUUCAAAAAGUGGUUACUAAAAUUGAUCAUCUGGAGGUUUAUAACAAACUUGGAGUUAUUUUGAGCUGGAACGUAUUAUAUUCCUGCAAUUUUGGGGGCAAGAUUUGACAUACACGGUGGUGUAUCAUACUUGUUUCAGUUACUAACAGCAUUGAGUGUGAAGGAAGGCUACAUGCUUACAUACACAAAAAUAGGUGUCGGCAAAGACGCAUCCUCUGUAAGUCUAGAAGACUAGAACAUUGAAUCUCGUAUGGUUUGGCCUGAAUUAUUGAUAUUCUCUUUGUUUUCUUUGAACUUAGGUUAUAUUACGAGAAGCAAUCUUUUUUUAUCUUUUAAUUUACAUUUACUUACAUGUCAUGUGAGUAAA